CGGAAACACUGAAGGGCACGGGAGUCCAGGCCGCUCUUCCGACCUGGAGGGCACGUUCCUAAGCAGCUCUCUUUGGUCCGCUCAGGCGGAGCUUCCCCGAGCACAGCCGAGUUUGACUGUGUGUCGGUCUCUCUUCUGAAUUUCAAUAAAGUUUUCCUCUUCCUCAAGAUGGCGGCCUCCUGGUCGCCCUUGGUUACCCUGCACUCCGUAGCGCGGAGCCGGCUGAGCGGGAGAUGUGUUGGGUGCGGGGCCUGGGCCGCCGCUCUUGUUCCUCCCGCCACCGCCUCAGGGAAGCCCCUUUGUAAAGCGUAUAUGGUACAGCCGCCUGAGAGUGUGACCCCAACUGCUGCUGCUUCCAAGGCCUAUUUGAAAGCUUUGGCUGUUUGUCAUGGACCUCUGGAUCACUAUGAUUUUCUGAUCAAAGCUCAUGAGCUAAAGGAUGAUGAACAUCAAAGAAGAGUGAUACAGUGUUUGCAGAAAUUACAUGAGGACCUUAGAGGAUACAGCAUAGAGGCAGAAGGUCUUUUUUCAAAGCUUUUUACAAGGAGCAAACCUCCAAAGGGCCUGUAUGUUUAUGGAGAUGUUGGUACAGGAAAAACAAUGGUGAUGGACAUAUUUUAUGCUUAUGUGGAAAUGAAGAGGAAAAAACGGGUCCAUUUUCAUGGUUUCAUGUUAGAUGUGCACAAAAGAAUACACCGCCUUAAACAGAAUUUGCCAAAAAGGAAACCAGGAUUCAUGACUAAAUCGUAUGACCCAAUCGCUCCCAUAGCUGAAGAAAUCAGUCAUGAAGCCUGUCUCUUGUGCUUUGAUGAAUUUCAGGUCACUGACAUUGCUGAUGCCAUGAUUUUGAAACAGCUUUUUGAAAAUCUGUUCAAAAAUGGGGUCGUCGUUGUGGCAACAUCUAACAGACCACCGGAAGACCUCUAUAAAAAUGGACUCCAAAGGGCUAACUUUGUACCAUUCAUAGCUGUCCUGAAGGAAUACUGUAAUACAGUUCAGCUAGAUUCUGGGAUAGAUUACCGGAAAAGGGAACUCCCAGCUGCAGGAAAACUCUACUACCUCACAAGUGAAGCUGAUGUGGAGGCUGUCAUGGAUAAGUUGUUUGAUGAGCUGGCUCAGAAACAAAAUGAUUUAACUAGACCAAGGAUUCUAAAAGUGCAAGGCAGAGAGCUGCGGCUGAAUAAAGCCUGUGGAACCGUUGCCGACUGCACAUUUGAAGAGCUGUGUGAGAGACCACUUGGAGCCAGUGACUAUUUGGAACUAUCUAGGAAUUUUGACACAGUAUUUUUACGAAACAUUCCACAAUUUUCGCUGGCAAAGAGGACUCAAGCUCGAAGAUUCAUAACUCUCAUCGAUAACUUUUAUGAUUUCAAGGUGCGCAUAAUUUGCUCCGCAAUGACUCCUAUAUCAAGCUUAUUUUUGCAUCAACAUCAUGACAGUGAGUUGGAGCAAAGCAGAAUACUGAUGGAUGAUUUGGGACUGAGCCAGGACUCGGCAGGACUCUCCAUGUUUACUGGAGAAGAGGAAAUCUUUGCAUUUCAGCGCACAAUUUCCCGACUCACAGAAAUGCAGACUGAACAGUACUGGAAUGAAGGGGACAGAAGCAAGAAGUAACUGUCACUUUCACAUGAAUAAAAYGAGACAAAUGGUUAAUGCAGAGAGAACUCUGUAUUGUGAGACUUGAAGGAAUCAUUUUCUCAUCAUUAAUUAUGCACUUUGUCCUCUGGACCAUUUUAAUCUAAAAUUACUGUCAAAGAUUUAGUGGAUUAGUAAGUUAAAGACUUACCAUUUUCAUAGAUGUACUUUUUGCCUAUUUAUGUGGCCUUAUUUCUGCACCACAAAAUUAAAAUCAUCACUCCUGAAGAUUACUGUAAAAGCAGACAUUUUAGCUUCACAUUGAAUACUUGAAUGAACCUUGAAUGCAUAAAUAUACAGUAAAUGCAAAUUGUCUGGAUAGCACCAAGCUUUUGUGGCAUGGUGAUCUCACCUUAUGAAAACAUCUUUUAUAAGAGGGUAAAGUAAAAAAUAAACCAUUUCAAUUCAAAACAAAUAAAUCCUUCUGAUCUUAUUAUAAAUUGAAGGGAAUAACGUUUUAGAAUAUGGGCUAUGUGUGUGAUUCUUCAUAGGUUUUUGUCUUUGAAUUAUUAUCAACCCCCUAGGCCUUCAGGUUUCCUUAAUGUCAGAACAAGUGUGACUUUUAACCUGGGGUUAAGGUUGGCAGGCAGGGCCUUGUCUCAUGGUGACACAGAGUU